AUGCUCGCCUUGCUCGCUCCCUCUCUGCGCAUACACCCACACCCUCUCCUGCGCGCGCUGCCCUCCCCCGCGACCGCCGCGCGUCGCCACUGCUGCCGUCAACGUCGAGCGCCGUACCACACACCCACAUCUCCGUUCUCCCCCGCAUCCUCCUUCGCCGCCGCCAACCGUGCUGAUGCUGCUCAGAGCAGAAGAUCGAUCCACACGUCCGUGCUGCCCCCUCCGGCGCCCGUCCCCGAGCCUCUUUCCCUGCACAGCUCAUCGUCCUCGUCAUCAACGUCGCCCAAGACCGUGCUCAUCGUGAAUAAGCUGCGCACGAGGCCCGUGCUCGACGCGAUCGACGCGUUUCUGCGGCAUAUACGGGCGCGCUAUCCGGAGGUGCGCGUGUUCCACGAGAAUCGGCAGGAUAUCCCGCAGGAUGUAGAGCUCUGGCAGCCGGGCGAGGACGCGGAGAAGAUCGACCUCGUCAUCACGCUCGGCGGCGACGGCACGAUCCUGCACGCCUCGUCGCUCUUCAAGGUCGGCGCCGUGCCGCCCGUCCUGAGCUUCUCGAUGGGCACGCUCGGCUUCCUGCUCCCCUUCCAUGUGGACGACUUUGCGAACGCGCUGGAGAGCGUGUUCCAGGGCACGGCGACGGUGCUGUAUCGCAUGCGGCUGUCGUGCUCGUUUUAUGACAAGGAGGGCAAGAAGAUCGGGGACGACGGCCAAGACUGGCAGGUCAUGAACGAGGUGGCGCUUCAUCGCGGCUCGAGCCCGCACCUGAACACCAUCGACGCGUUCGUCGACGGGCAGCACCUCACCGAGUCCGUCUCGGACGGCCUGAUCGUGUCGACUCCGACCGGCUCGACCGCGUACUCGCUCUCCGCAGGCGGCCCGAUCGUGCACCCGUCGCUCAGCGCGCUCGUGCUCACCCCGAUAUGCCCGCGCAGCUUGUCCUUCCGCCCGCUCGUCUUUCCCGCGUCGUCCGCGAUCACGCUCCGGAUCGGCGGGCGCAGUCGCGCGGCGGCGGGCGUGUCGAUGGACGGGCAGGUCUCGCGCGUGCUGAGCGCGGGCGAGUCCGUGACCGUGCGCGCGUCGCCGCACCCGAUCCCGUGCAUCAACCGGUCGUCGAUCGCGGAGCCGAGCGAGGACGCGGUGCAUGGCGCGGACGGCGCGGGCAAGGAGGACGACUGGGUGCGCGAUAUCAAUAAUUUGCUGCAGUAUAAUGCGACGUUUAGGAGUAAGGCGCUGUUGAGGCAUAGUCGGGGUUGA